ACCUACGUGACCUACUGACCGGAGCGGAGUAGUGUGUUUAUUCGUUUGGUGGCGAUCAUCAAAAAAAAAAAAAAAAGAAAAAAUCGAAUUUACCUUUCCUUAAGUAGUGUUUGUUGUCAGGUGCAAGAAGUUGUUAAACUAAGCUUAUAGAACUCAACUGUGUGUGGACACAAACUGAAACUGAGUAAGGCUGAGGUUUUAGCUCAUGACUUUUUUGGAUGCCGCGAUGUACUGUAUCGACCCACAUAGAAGAGCGUCACGUUCGAGUGGAAACAGAUGAUCAUUGUGAAUAGUUGGGAACAUGAAUGACAAUUGUAUGAAAAACUUGAAAUAGUUGUUCAACCGCCGUGGGGGCUGACAGGGAUUAUAAGUGGGUGAGUGCCUAUGGGUGAAAAAGAUGGAAAGCACUGAUGGUGUCUUGGCAUCACUGGGUUUCCAUUCAUUUACAUGGUUUUGGCAAUCUUUAACAGUUAAAAUUACAUUGAAGGUUUUGAAAAUAAAAGUCUGGGACAGUGCAUUAACCAAGUCAAAACAACCUUGUUUAUUGUUGUUUAUCAAUUUAACCAAAAAUUGAUGUGCUAAGUUAAGACUUUCGUUUCGUGCAUAUUUGCUGUUCUUGAUGGUGAAUAGUACAAUUUUGCAGUUUCAUUGUUAGAUAUUGGAAAAGUAAAGAAACACACCAAGGAUAACGUUAAAGCGGAACAUACGCAAAGUCAAAAUGCCGCGGCAGAUAGGAACCAAGGAGCCCUGGAAUCAGCGGACGUAUUUUAGUGACGCACCACCCAGGUUGGAAACGACGGGGUUAGGGGGCUAUCGGAUUGUGAUCGUUAUCGAAAAGUUAAUACGCACUUUUCGCCCGCAUUGUGGUACAGUGUACCCUACCUUUUAUUCGUGUAUUCACUCUUAAUAGUGAUACAUAUUUAAUUAUAUUUCAGUUCAGAGCCCCACUUGGCAACUUCUUGGUAGUUAUAUUAAAUAACUUCAGGUAGUAUAAUCUAUCCGUGACGUCGUUGACAACCAAUCACUCCGUAACAACCUUAACAUGUGUCUUGAGUUGUCUGCCAAGAUAGGCCCGGUAAUACAGGACUAGUAAUACGACUAGAACUAAGUGAGUCCCAAGGACGAAUUCUGGAUUGUUUUCCUUAGUCGAAAACUUUCUAAACAAGCAAAAACUUUAAGUGAAGGAAGCGCUAAUGGCUACAGUUAAGAGGGUUGCUGCCGCUGCAGCAAUAACCAAAGUGCGGAAAGUGGCCAUGGCCUUGUCAGAAGUGGAGGAGUAUAGGACCCCCAUGAAACCAGGACCUGAAGCACAGAAGACAAAGGAGAGACGCUACGAGUGUAGUGUGUGUGGGAAGAGGUUCCAGAGCCGGAGCCACAUCAAAGAGCACCAUCGUGUGCACACCGGUGAGCGGCCCUUCCCUUGUGACCGCUGCGAGCGUUCCUUCACCACUCCUCACAACCUUAGACGCCACCAGGGCAUCCAUAUCAAGGAGGACAGCUACCGCUGUACCCUCUGUGGUGUUCUGUUCUGCCACGAACACACGAUGUCUAGCAUGAACAGUCCCUCUUCACCAUCGCCAUCCUCUCCAAAGCACAAGUACACACCCCCAAGUCCUGAGCUGCUGUCUUCAUCCAAGAAGAAAAGGCCCAGCCACCAUCUGCCCUCAGAACAGGGAAAAGUGAAGAAAGAGGAGGUGGAGAUGGUGUCUUUCCAGAAGUGUGCCGGAGGGUUGAGGAAAGUUGCUUAUGAAAUAGAGGUAGUGCUUUAAGACUUGGGACAAUUUUUUUUUAUUACUAAAUAACCUGACUUACCUUUUUUAUGGCACCAAAAUUUGUGUUACUUUCUGGCAUAAUUUGAUUUCAGGGGUCACAGAGGCAUUAUUGUUAGCAAUAACUGCGCUUAUUGCUUAGCUGAUGCCGCUGUACAAAGUAACUUAACAUUUGGUCCAUCUAGACAGCUGGGUAUCUUACUCAAGGGUAAUUCAGUAGUCAGAAGUGGGAUCUGAUCCAGCAAACCUAAGUUACAUUAGGAUCACAGAACCAGUUGUGCAAUUCUUUUUAUCUGUUGUAAUACACUUCUCAUUCAGUUGACACUAACCGAGUGAUAUGGAAUUUCUAGACCAGAAGUUUAGAAAUGUUCAUUGUAAUUGCUGCUGAUACUUGAAAUAUUUUGAAAUGAGGCUCUUUUAGACCUUUUCUUUCAUUGGUGCCUUUAUUACAUUUCCCCAAGACACUUUCAGUUUAACAACAGUAAAUUGACAUUAGAAAUGUAGUGGUCAUUGAUUUGAUUAAUUUUUCUUCUGUCAUUACUGUUUGUCAUAUUUUAGCUGUUUUGCUUUGUAUUAGUUUGAUCAUCAGAUUUUAAUACUACUGCACCAUUUACUAUGUAAAGCUAUUUUAUAUUUGCUGUCUGUAAAGUCAGAUGUAGGGACCUUCUAAUGUACUUUUUAUUCAUAUUUAAAAUAUGGUAAGCAAAUAUCAGUUUUUAAA